AUGGUGGAAAUUACGGAUAUCGUGUGCCUUCUCGUGCCGCUGGUGAUGCUCGCGGGCUCUACCUUCCAGACCGACGUGAGGAGUGUCAAAGAGGCGGAAAAAGCGGGGAAUUUCAUGGAGGACGAGCAGUGGCUGUCCACCAUUUCACAGUACAGCCGCAAGAUCAAGCACUGGAAUCGCUUCAGAGACGAGGUAGAGGAUGAUUAUGUUCGUACCUGGGAUGAAAACCAAGGUUCAAAUGACAAUGUAGACACCACCAAGGACCCCUGUCAAAAGGUUAAGUGCAGCCGACACAAGGUGUGUAUCGCCCAGGGUUACCAGAGAGCCGUGUGCGUCAACCGCAAGAAACUCGAACACAGACUGAAGCAGCCUGCUCUCAGGUCUCCUGAUGGAAACUGUCAGCCCUGUCCCAUCUCCUCCACGGGACCUGUGUGUGGAUCAGACGGACACAACUAUGCCUCAAAGUGCAAGCUGGAGCAGCAGGCGUGUCUUACGGGGAAGGAUCUUACCCUGAAGUGUUCAGGUCUGUGUCCCUGUCCAACUGCUGCCCCAACAUCCAAGGAGAGUAAACACGAGAGCUGUACUGGACAGGAUCUAGCUGAUCUCGGGGAGCGUCUGAGGGACUGGUUCCAGCUACUGCAGACCAAUGCCAAGCAGAACAACAAUAGCAAGCCUGGGGCCAGAACCACUGCAGCCAGCACCACAUCAGUGCUGGACAGGAGCCUGGUGGCCAGCUGUAAGGACUCCAUAGGCUGGAUGUUUUCCAAGCUGGACACCAACAACGAUCUGUACCUGGACCAGGCCGAGCUGGCUGCCAUCAACCUGGACAAGUACGAGGUCUGCAUCCGACCCUUCUUCAACUCCUGCGACUCGUACAGGGACGGCAAGGUCUCCACUGCCGAGUGGUGCCUCUGCUUCUGGAGAGAGAAGCCGCCCUGCCUGGCUGAACUCGAGAGGAUCCAAGUACUAGACGGCGGCAAGAGAAAGUUUGGUCGAUUCAUCCCCAGCUGUGACGAGGACGGCUACUACAGGAAGCAGCAGUGUGACAGGGGAGAGUGCUGGUGUGUUGACCAAAACGGAGGAGAAGUAGCCGGAUCUAGGAUUCGUGGCAAACCAGACUGCGAUGAUGAAAUGGCAUAUUCAGGUGAUUUUGGCAGUGGGGUCGGAUGGGAGGACGAGGAAGAGAAAGAAGCUGAGGAGACUGCAGAGGCUGAAGAGGAGGAGGGAGAGGUGGGAGAGGUAGAUGAUGGGGGCUAUAUCUGGUAAAGGGCCAACGUGUAGUCCAACCUCUCGACAGGAGCAUCUCGAUGGUCCCAAACACACACACACACACACACACACAGACACACACACUCACACACGCAGACAAGCAUAUACACACAAACACACAUAUCCUGCAAAGAAAUGGACAUGGUGAAGCUGUCACACUCAG